GCGUGGCCCUAAAAGACCCCCCCCCCCAAAAAAAAAGAAAGAAAGAAAAGCCCUGGGUGAAUGGGUAGGGGCUGGUGUGCAGUUGUUAAUUUCUGUUGUUUUCAGGAGUAUCUCUUUUUUCCCCCUUUCCCAGACUGGUUUUCCCCCUUUCCUUUUAUUUUAACACAGCAUUAUUUACAUUUCUGCACAACUCUGAUUUUCAUGCAUGUGCUUAAAAGAGCGACUCAGGCGCUUCCUGCAAAGCCAUCUUAAAGUCCAAGAGACUCCAGAUGGAAAGGCAGGGAGUCCUUCGAGCCCGAGGUUCAGUGCUUAAUGUUUCUUGGUGUCUCCUUCAUUGUACCCAAGGGCAAGUGCCCUGAUUAUAUUUUUUACUUUGGAAAUAAAUGUAGACUUUAUUUUGUAAGAAUGGAUGGAGGUGCUCUCAAAGUCUACAUUUCAUGGGGACAAGAAUGGCCAAAUAUAAUUUAAUAGAAUGGGGAAGGGCAGUGGUUGAUUUGGAAGAGUUUGUAACCUAUCUUUUGGAAGUGACGUAGGUGAAUCUCUGUUGGAGAAAAUGCCAGAUUGAAUUUGGCUGCCCAUGUGCUUAACAUUAAAGUGAUUGUCUUAAAACCUAAAGUGUUUACUUCUCUCUGGUCAUUUCUUACAACCCAUGGAAUUAAGUGAUGUGGAAUGAUGUAAUUUUUAGAGUUAAUCCUAAAACUUUGAGGAGAGUCAACUUUUAAUUUGAGUUUUUCAUGCAUUUCACGGUGUAAAAUGACAAUCUACUUUCCAGCACCUAUAUGAAAAUAUUCUUUCACCACCCUUUCCCUGUAUGUGGCUGUAGACAGAAGUAGCCCACACAGUAAGCACCAAAUUCCUCCCCUCCCCAUCUCUGUCCAUGAUUGCCAAGCCAUGGCUGAUGGCCCUCUUGUUUCCAGAAGCAUCAUACAAGGUCAGUUUGAUAACUUAGUUUAUAUAAUGGGAUUCAGCUUCUAGUCCAGUACUGUAAAUUUAUGCACGAGCAUUUUUAUUAAUUUUUAACUGCCUCUUCUUCCCCUCCCAUCCCUUGGGCCUGUGUUUGUUUACAGAUUUAUUUAAUCAUAUGAGACUGUUUCCUGGGAUAUUUUAAGGUGAUGUCCUACUUUGAGAUGAUAUCCAGUAAUGCUGCUGUCCUGAGGGGUGAGGGGUGAGGCAUUGAGGGGAAAGCACAGAAACUGGAAAAGGCUUAUGAUGGUCAUGAGGAGGAGACACCCUCACUGACACCUAGACAGCCAGGGCCCUGGGAGGGUAUAAGAGGAGGCUGGCAGUGUAGGGGCCUGAGUGUGAAAUUAUCCCCAAUAAUUUGUGUGGCACAAAAGGUGAAAAAGACUCCAGAAUAAAAUUGUCCUUUAUUUAGCCCUCAUUCCUUUACUGCCCCUCCCUGUGUAUAUCCUUCUUGUCCUUCAAUCUAUUGACCAAGGGUCAAUAUAUUGUCCAAGUGGCCCAUGCACGACACAGGAGACACGCAUAAAUGAAAUGGCCCAGCCCCUGCCCUUGGUGCCCACAUGCCCUGUAGGGUGUUUGACACUUGUUAUCUACAAGGUGUGAUAAAUCAGGUAAAUGUGUGUGAGAUGUUAGAACAGCAAAGAGGAAGUAAUUAAAAAAAAAGCCAGUCUGGCACCAGAGGGACCAGGAAGGCGCCGCAGGAGGGGGUGCUGGGGGCACUUGGCCUUUCUGGCCUUAUUUUUUAUGUUGAUGGCCCAGAAUGGAAGCUAUAGGCUGUGAGAAGCCUGUGUCACCUGAUGACCCCGGACGAGGCUCUGUGCCUCCCUGUGCCUUGGUUUCCUCAUCUCUAGAUGAGGCGGUUGGAGCAUAGGAACCGUGGGGCCUUGGAAAAGAAAUUCUUGAAGCUUCUUUCUGAUAUGAGAAAUGAGUGUUGGACGUCGAAGAAUAAAGUUGUUGGGAAUCCUGAUGAUGGUAAAUGUCUUCAUUUAUCUGAUUGUGGAAGUCUCCAAAAGCAGUAGCCAAGAGAAAAAUGGAAAGGGGGAAGUAAUAAUACCCAAAGAAAAGUUCUGGAAGAUAUCUGAACCCCCCAAGGCAUAUUGGAACAGGGAACAAGAAAAGCUCAACAGGAGGUACAAUCCCAUCUUGAACAUGUUAGCCAACCAGACGGGGGAGGCGUAUGGAUUUUCCAACAUAAGCCAUCUGAAUUAUUGUGAACCUGACCUGAGGGUCACGUCCGUCGUUUCCGAUUUUGACAGUUUGCCAGACAGAUUUAAAGACUUUCUGUUGUAUUUGAGAUGUCGGAAUUAUUCACUGCUUAUCGACCAACCAGAUAAGUGUGCAAAGAAGCCCUUCUUACUGCUGGCAAUUAAGUCCCUUACUUCACACUUCGAUAGAAGGCAAGCGAUUCGGGAAUCUUGGGGCAAAGAGACCAAUGUGGGGAACCAGACAGUGGUGCGUGUCUUCUUACUGGGCCAGACGCCCCCCGAGGACAACCAUCCUGACCUUUCAGAUAUGCUGAAAUUUGAGAGUGAGAAGCACCAAGACAUUCUCAUGUGGAACUACAGAGACACUUUCUUCAACUUGUCUCUGAAAGAAGUGCUCUUUCUCAGGUGGGUGAGCACUUCUUGCCCAAACGCUGAAUUCGUUUUCAAGGGCGACGACGAUGUCUUUGUGAACACCCACCACAUCCUGAAUUACUUGAACAGCUUGUCCAAGAACAAAGCCAAAGAUUUGUUUAUAGGCGAUGUGAUUCACAAUGCCGGACCUCAUCGAGAUAAGAAACUCAAAUACUACAUCCCAGAAGUUGUUUACACUGGCGUCUACCCGCCUUAUGCAGGGGGCGGUGGAUUCCUCUACUCCGGCCACCUGGCCCUGAGGCUGUACAAUGUCACUGACCAGGUCCUUCUCUACCCCAUCGACGACGUCUAUACUGGAAUGUGCCUUCAGAAACUCGGCCUCGUUCCAGAGAAACACAAAGGCUUCAGGACCUUUGAUAUAGAAGAGAAAAACAGGAAUAACAUUUGUUCCUACCUAGGUUUGAUGCUAGUACACAGUAGAAAACCGCAAGAGAUGAUUGAUAUUUGGUCUCGACUGCAAAAUGCUCAUUUAAGUUGCUAAAUUAUGUACAAACUCCGUUUUGCAUAGAAAGACAUAGCUAACAUAGUUCCCAUGUUGUGUGUUCUCUCACAUUAGGGGUAAUUUCUGUGUUCAACCAUCAAAAUUGCCUUUAUAAAGUAGUGUCCAUUUGAGGGCCUCUAAGCCCUUCACUUGUGGUACUUUCUGAAAAGGGAAAGCAGAGGAAGAUCCUAAUGUUUUCUGGCGGAUAUGGCAAGAUGAUUGGCUCCAACCCUUCCUGCUGGCUUAUGGCCAUUGUUUUCUGAUUUGCCUGCCUCGUCAUCCGAAAUCAUGUUUCUGGAAUUUGACCAUUUUAAGUUAUUUUUGUUUUGCCCUCUUAAGAAGAAUAUUCCCGUUUCUCAUUAUAAUGAGUGAAUUAUCUGCCAUUUAGAUUUCCAUGAACCUAUUGGCUACAAAGACAUUGUUAUACAUGACUCAGUGGUUUUGUGAAGUGGGAUUAUGUUUGUUUUCAUGUGAUUUGGAUGAAUUUUUAAAGUUGUCUAGAAAUGGAUUUCUGUUGAAAUUUCCUGCCACCCCAACAGUAUUUUCUUGCAUUCAUCUAAUCAAUCAGUUUUGCAGAAUGAGAAUCACUGUGUGGCAUGUAUCCAGUUUAUCUUGUUAUGGUCUUAUGGUCAUAAGGAUAGAAAGUUUAACUCUCUUGUAUUUGGCCUGCUGAGUGGUAUCGUAAUAAUUCUGUUUCUAGUACUGGAAAAUGAGUAGGAGUCCAUAAUCUUCAAACUGAAGAUUGAAUUGCCCCUAGCAACCAUACUGUGUUUAUGAUUUUUCAUCAUGGACCAGAAACGCUUAUGUAACUUUUGAACUUUAAGCAAAAAGAUUGGAGUUGCAGACAUUUUUACAAGUGGCUUGUCAGUUUAAAACUGCAGAAUUCUGGAAGUUCCCUCGUGGUACAGCAGGUUAAGGAUCCAGCAUUGCUGCAGCUGUGGCAUGGGUCACAACUGUGUCACAGGUUCGAUCCCUGGCCCAGGAAUUUCCACACGCCGCAGGUGCAGCCCAAAAAAAAAAAGGCUGCAUAAUUCUGUUCUUGCCAUAUCGUCUCAUAUUCCUUAUACAAAAUUACUAUUCUGAGUAGUGACUGCUUCCCUGUCUCAGUGUAGAAGUGCCUGUGUUUUUAUUUAUUGUUCAGACAUUAUAGACCAAACAUUUUGUUAAAUAAAUUUUGUGUAAUAUUUUAUUUGUAUACAGUGUUUAUGACAAACUAUUUAAAGCAUGAUGUUUUAUGUGGCAACAUGUACCAUAAGCUAAUUGUUAUUUUUGAAUUUUAAAAUUUGUUUUUUUAAAUAUUAAAUAAAAUUCUGCCAAACUGUUGCUUAUAUAUAUGCUAUCUUGUAACAUGCUUUCUUUAAAUAUUUUUGUGUUACAGAAAUGAAGAUUCUUAAAAGAUAUAUAUAAUACUGGAUACUGUAAAAUGAUGGAAAUAAAAUCAUUGUAUUUUUA